AUGUUCUUGACCGUAUCUCUUUUCUGUGCUUUCGCGCUUCUUAUUAUCCUGUAUCCCAACCGUUCAGUCGGGGUGUCAGCUCGAAAUGAUAUCCCUGGCCCAGGCGGUCUUCCCUGUAUUGGCAAUCUACUACAAGUUUUUCCCUACAGGCGACAAAUGAUAUCCUUCAUGGAACUUUUGAACAAGGCCUACGGUCCAUUGUCGACCUUAACCAUUCCAGGAUGGGGUCGUCUGAUUGUGAUAAACCGUCCUGAAUGGCUUGCGCAUGUCAAAAAGAAUGACAUUUCAAUGUACACCAGAGGACCGGUCGCUGUAUCUAUAUUCGAGCAGUUUCCUGGCUUAGAAACACCUGUCGCUUCCGAGGGAGAAAAAUGGAGGAGCUCGCGCAAGGCUAUACAACCCAUUUUCGGAAGAAAAUCCUUUCAAGACCACCUCGCUACUGCUAUGAAUGAACUGAUGCCAACGACAACGCGUUUACUGACGAAUGCUGCCAAGGAGCAGCUUCCUUUUGACUGGAAUGACCUUGCGGGGCGCUUGGCGCUCUCAAUCUUUGUCAAGAGCACCUUUAAUCUCGAUACAACAAUGUUGCAAGAGGACACCAAAGUCUUGACUGAAUCUCAUGAGCUGAUUUCAUCUGUCUGUGAACUCAAUGACAUCUCCGCCGGGCGUUUAUUCAACCCAUACUGGCACAUCACUGAAAAGUUUGACGGAACUUGGUUCAGGUUCAGAAGGACUAUAUCUGUCCUGUGGAAAGCGAUUGACGGCCUCAUCGAAGAACGAUCAAAGUCUCUCGCUCUAGUUGGAGAUGUCGACAGCAGAGAGACCGAUUUCUUUUCCGCCCUCCUGAAAUCGUAUUCGAUGACUAAUCCUCUCUUCACUCGGAACAUUAUGGUUACGCUUUUGUUUGGAGGGCGUGAUAACACGCAGAGCAGCAUUUCAUGGGCACUGUAUGAAUUAUCAAGGAAACCGGAGUGGCUGAACCGAAUGCGGGAAGAGGCCAUCGCAUUGGGACAGUCGGGCCAACGUCCCACUUUUGCGACGGUAUCGUCGUAUGUAGUCCAUUUGGCAGUGUUCUACGAGACGGUUCGUCUGUGGCCUGGCCUACCUAAGAAUGCGCGAUAUGCCACUGCCGAUGAUAUACUCCCAGCGGUACCUGAGAUUUCGAUUCCCGAGACCAACAUUGAAAAAGGAACGUAUGUCCUAUGGUCGGACAAAAUCAUCAUGAGAGAUCCUUUGGUCUGGGGACCAGAUGCAGACGAAUUCAAUCCCGGGAGGCAUAUCUCGGACGAUGGCAAAUUCAUUAAGCCCUCAGGUCCUGAGUUCGUAACUUUCGGUGCGGGCCUACGCUACUGUCCUGCUGCCAGCAUCGUCCCGUAUGAAUGGGUAUUUAUUUGGUCCACAUUGCUUCCUCUUUUCGAAUUUGAGUUUCUGGAUACCUCGAAGCGAUUUACUGGCGACUUCUUGACGAACCAGAUGGCGGAACCGUUUAUGGUACGAGUCCACGAAAGGGAAGUUUAA